GCUUAUAAACACUACGUAGUCUGCUAAGCGUUCAAUUUGGAGCCAUUUGGGAUGCACUCAUCGAGAAUCGUCGAGAAAAGAUUUCAGUUUUACUGAGGUAGAGGACAUGCUAGCUGAAGUCUGCUCUUUGCUUUUUUUCCUUUAUGAUGACACUUUGAUAUCAAUAUCCCAUGUUGCAAGUACGGAAACUGUUCAUCCGACGUCAUUUCCUGUCCAGUUGUCCUUCUCGGAGAGCUAGUGACGUCGCCCACCAUAAGUAUGACGUCAUCGUGGUCGGUGGCGGCCAUGCUGGAACGGAGGCAGCUGCCGCGGCAACAAGAAUCGGAGCCGAAACACUGCUGAUUACACAGAAAAUUGAAACGAUCGGGGCGCUGUCAUGUAACCCCUCACUGGGAGGAGUAGGAAAAGGUCAGCUGGUGAGGGAGGUGGAUGCUCUGGAUGGCCUGAUGGGUAGAGCAGGUGACUAUGCUGGCGUUCACUUCUCCAUCCUCAAUCGCAGUAAGGGACCUGCAGUGUGGGGCCCGAGGGCACAACUGGAUCGAGGACGCUACAGGGAGUUCAUCCAGUCACAGUUGCUGAAUAUGCCCAGACUGACUGUGAUGGAAGGAUCUGUGGAGGAUCUAAUUGUGUCUGCUGCAGACCCAGAAAAACCAGGAAAACACAGAGUAACCGGAGUCCGCAUGGCUAAUGGCAUUGGGGAAAUACUUGCCAGUUCUGUCGUCAUUACCACCGGCACGUUCCUUUCUGGCUCCCUCUUCAUGGGUCAGAUCACCUCUCCAGGAGGGAGGAUGGGCGAACCUCCGUCCUGUGCUGGUCUUUCUCACAGUCUGAGAGAAGUGCUCGGGUUAAAACUCGGCCGGCUGAGGACCGGAACGCCUCCUCGGAUCAUUAAAGAUACAAUCGACUUCUCGCUUGCUGAGCUUCAUCUUCCUGACCCACAGCCAACUCCAUUUAGCUUCAUUAACAAACACACACACUGUAAGCCUGAGGAUCAGCUUCCAUGUCACCUGACCUACACGACAUCAGGUGUAGAAAACGUGGUAUGUGAGAGCCUGCAUGUGAACUCACACAUACAGCAGGACACCAAAGGACCCAGAUAUUGUCCUUCCAUUGAGUCACGGGUUCUGCGUUUCCCAGGGCGACAGCAUCAGGUAUGGUUGGAGCCGGAGGGCUUGACCUCUGACCUUGUGUACCCUCAGGGCUUAUCCAUGACGAUGCCCCCUGAGCUGCAGCUCCGGCUCCUCCGAGAAAUUCCUGCCCUGCACCAGGUGGAGAUUAGAACACCAGGUUACGGGGUGCAGUAUGACUUUGUUUGCCCAAUGCAGCUCUUCCCGUGGCUGCAGGUGAAGAGCGUUCAGAGGCUUUUCCUGGCAGGACAGAUUAAUGGGACAACGGGCUACGAGGAAGCAGCAGCACAGGGUUUGUGGGCGGGUGUUAAUGCAGGAAGGACCGCCCUCUGUCUCCCCCCUCUGUCUCUGUCCCGUACUGAGAGCUACAUCGGUGUGAUGAUUGAUGAUCUGGUGAGUCAGGGAGUUAGUGAACCAUACCGCAUGUUCACAAGCCGGGCCGAGUUCAGGACUUCACUCCGGCCUGAUAACGCAGACCUGCGCCUCACUCUCAGAGGCUUUGAAGAGGUGGGGUGUGUGUCAUCACAGCGCUACAAUGACGCUUUGCGAGUGAGUCGUGGUCUGAGUGAAGCUCUCGUUGCCCUGCAGUCCGUCAUGCUCUCUUCUUCACGAUGGAGAGAGAAACUCCAAGAUGCUAAGAUCAGUGAGGUGAAAAGCACACUAAUCAGUGGAGAAGAGAUGCUGCAGCAUAAAGAGGUCUCAUUUGAAAUGUUGGCUUCCAUCUUCCCUGAAAUUUUUAUACUGUAUCUAGAAUUUUCCCAGCGGAUUAAAAUUGAAGCUGUGUACCGUCCUUACUGUGAGAAUCAGAAGAGAGAGAUGGAGAGGAUACAGGAAGAGGAGAGUCUCACCUUGCCUCCAGACAUCGACUAUCUCUCACUUCCUGUGUCUCUCUCUGAUGAGGUGCGAGAGGUGUUGGAUCGAGUGCGACCUGACACUUUGGGAGCAGCAACUCGUCUGCCAGGUGUCACUCCAGCCGCCAUUGUCCACCUGCUCAACUACGUUAGCAAGACGGAGCGCAAAACAGCAAGACAGAGAUACAAACUGACCAAUCACAUGAGUUGACAGAUCACCACCAUGCAGGACUGCAAACCAUAACCAGCUACUAAUGACUGUUACACUAAAGGACUUCACUUAACACUAUGUGUUACGAAACAAGUCUGUAUUUUGCAGUACAGAAAUAAAUUACCUUAAAAAAAAAUCUAUACACAUGUUUAUAGUGAGGUAGAACAAAAACAAUGAAGAUAAAUUAAAAUACGGAAAACAAAAAAUAUACAAUAAAAAAAAAAAAACAUUUAAAAUGUAUUGCUCAACUAUAAUUAGCAGUUUAAGAGUAAUUCUCCAUCACGUUAUCAUGCCCUAGAUCCUGUCUAAUUCUUCUGCCCCCCUGGUGAAGAACCCAAAUGGAAACUUCCACCCAGGGUGGGGUUUGGCCCAGGGGGGUUCUGGAUAAACAGUGGUGUCUAAGAAAAUCACCUCAGUAGUCACAGGAAGAGGAGAAACAAUGGGACACUGGAAUAAGAAACAUAGCAUGUUUGGAAUUAAAAUAACAGGUCACACAGGAUGAAAAACUCAACCAUGUUUUCCUUUAACACCCAGUUCCAGUGUAGUAACAAGAUCUCUCACUGCUGAAUGUGUGAAGACAGAAGACCCAUCUCACCUUCAGGAUCUGACAAUUGAAGACGUAUUUGACACCUAGGAUGUGAUUCUGGGGCAGAGCCAACAUUCCUCUCCGAAUCCAGAGAAACCUCACUGACAGAGAGACAGGCACAAGACAACCUGUCUUACACACCUCACCCUGUAGAGUGCAGGAACAAGAAAACUCACAUACACACACGGGUCAUGCUUAAAAGACAACAAACAAAAAAUCCUGAGAAAUCAGUAGUUCUAUUUCAUUUCUACUGACUGCCAGAGAUGGUGUUUUAAGCACCUCAAUGUCCAUCGUGUGUACGUGCAGGUCGAGUGUUUGUUUCAACAAAGUCAUCUGUGACCUGAGUGAUGUAUGCCCCUUGCCCCAGGACUAAAAGGCAUGUUCAUCCAGAAAGUGACCUCUUGCUAUCUUUUCGCAUUGAAAAUGGAACCCAAGAAGAAGCUAGCAAAAGUGAAGUAACCCAGCCUGAAAUAGCAGAGGAGGAGGAGGAAUUUGAUGAUGAUGGUAGCAGCACUGGUGAGCCCUGCACGGACAGGGAGAAGCAUGCCUUCAAACCCGCAGAAGGCACAGCACCCCGCCAGAGGUAUUUUCAAAGCUAAUGAUGCCCAGAAGUGAUGACGUUGCAAUUCCAUCAUUGCUGUCAGGCCAUUGUGCCAUGCUCAGUGAUAAAGACAAGGACAUCCCGACACCCCGUCCCACCACUCAGUAGGAGCAGGACAGUAGCUCGGAGUCAGUGUUUCAGUGCUCAAACUGUUGGACUAUUUAGUUGGGAUUUUUUUACAAUGUAAUAAAAUGCGUUAUUCCCUGAUACUCGUG